ACCUGUGCUCUCUCCCGUCCUCCAGGCCCUGGCCAUGCCCUCGAGUGCACGGGCGGGCAAUCUCAAGGACCCCGAGGUGGCAGAUCUCUUCUGUAAAGAUGAUCCGGAGAAGCUGUUUGCUGACCUCCGUGAGAUCGGUCACGGCAGCUUCGGAGCCGUUUACUUUGCCCGAGAUGUGCGCAACAAUGAGGUGGUGGCCAUUAAGAAAAUGUCCUACAGCGGCAAGCAGACAAACGAGAAAUGGCAGGACAUCAUUAAAGAGGUGAAGUUCCUGCAGAAGCUUCGCCACCCGAACACUAUCGAGUAUCGAGGAUGUUACCUGAAGGAGCACACAGCAUGGCUGGUGAUGGAGUACUGCCUCGGCUCGGCCUCCGACCUCCUCGAAGUUCACAAAAAGCCACUCCAGGAAAUCGAAAUAGCUGCUAUUACCCAUGGUGCACUGCAGGGAUUAGCAUAUCUUCACUCUCACAAUAUGAUUCACAGGGACGUGAAAGCGGGAAACAUCCUGCUGACGGAGCCCGGUCAGGUCAAACUGGGGGACUUUGGUUCUGCUUCGAUUGUGGCUCCGGCCAACUCCUUCGUGGGGACUCCCUACUGGAUGGCUCCAGAGGUGAUCUUGGCGAUGGAUGAGGGCCAGUACGACGGCAAGGUGGACGUCUGGUCGCUGGGCAUCACCUCCAUAGAGCUGG